AUGGUGGACGGUGGAACAGUGGCCAGUGCCUCGAUGAAGACAAUCCGCGAAGGAAGCGCCGAAAUACUGGUGGCCGAACACGUCUUCUACAAUCCGGUGCAGGAGUUUAACCGCGAUCUAAGCAUCUGCGUGCUGAACACUUUCUCGCGGAUCUACCAGCGAGAAAAGCUACAAGAACAACAGAGAAAUGGUACCAUCGCACCGGACAACGGAACGGUGGUGGUGCCCCUCGCAGCUGGUGUUCGGCACGAAAGCGGUUUGCGCAUCCUCGAAGCUCUUUCAGCGACGGGACUUCGGAGUAUCCGCUACGCAAAAGAGGUUCGUGGCGUGCGUGAAGUGAUUGCGAACGAUUUAUCGAAAUCCGCAGUCGAAUCGAUCGAGCAAAACGUGAAACACAACGGACUGGAGAACCUCAUCACUCCCAGCUUCAACGAUGCAAUGACUCUCAUGUACAUGUCAACGAAACCGGAUCAACGUUUCACGGCAAUCGAUCUCGAUCCGUACGGCCACCCGAGCCGGUUCCUCGACGGGGCCGUCCAGAGCGUUGAGGACGGUGGCUUGUUGUUAAUCACCGCCACGGACAUGGCCGUGUUGGCCGGUAACACACCAGAAGCCUGCUACGUCAAGUACGGUUCGGUGCCGCUGAAAACGAAAGCGUGCCACGAAAUGGCGCUGCGCAUUCUGCUGCGAUGCCUCGAAACGACCGCCACCCGAUAUGGGCGUUACAUUCGACCGCUGUUGUGUAUUUCGGCCGACUUCUACAUCCGGGUGUUUGUUCGCAUCUACAGCGGGCAGUACGCGUGCAAGAAGAGCAGCAGCAAACAGGCGAUGGUGUUCCAGUGUACGGGUUGCGAGUCGUUUACGCUGCAACCGCUGGGUGUCCUCAAACCGAACCCUACCGAAGCCAAUCCCAAGCAGAUCAAGUUUGGCCUGCCGACUGGACCAUUUGUGGGGAGCCGCUGCGAGCAUUGUAACCAUCAGCACCACAUGGGCGGCCCGAUAUGGUCGGCUCCGUUGCAUGAUGAAGAGUUCCUCGCAGAAUUGGCGCACACGGUCGAAGGAGAGGAAGCAACGCACCUAACGACGAUACGACGCAUCUGCGGCACGUUGUCGGUGAUACGCGAAGAGCUACCGGACGUUCCCCUGUACUACACGUUGGAUCGACUCUGUGGCAUUUUAAAGCUGGAAUCGAUUUCGAUGCUCAAGUUCCGUUCGGCACUGCUGCACGCCGGGUACAGGGUUUCGUACUCCCAUGCCAACCGUACGUCCAUCAAAACGGACGCUCCGAUCGGAGUGCUGUGGGAUAUUCUGCGCUGCUGGCACCGCGCACAUCCAGUUAAGGCGGACCGCUUCCUAGAGGGUGUGCCUCUGAGUGCGAUUCUCGCCAAACCGCCAUCACGUGACUACGAUCUAGACGAGCUGCACCCCGAAGCGAAUCCUCCGAGCCGAAAAGAAUCGAUGAUGCGAUUUCAGGAAAACCCGACCCCCCAUUGGGGCCCUGGAACCAGGGCAACUCUGAUGUAA